AUGCUGUCCCACAAUCAACUCGUCGUUCUCUCCGUGUUGCUGUGCGCGGUUUCAGCACAUCCGGGUGCUCGCGGUGGACCUCAUGGAGGACGCGGGUUCGCUGGACCGAAUCUGCCAUUCCUUCAGAGUGUUAGCGACGAAGCCCGUCAAGAGUUCUUCAAAAUCGUUUCGAAUCGGAAUUUAACGAUCAACGAGAUCGAAUCACAGUCGGCGCAAUGGGCACAGACCAAUGGAGUCGCUGAUAUUUUCAAUGAAUUCAAUGCCAAUAAGACCGCUCUGGAAGCUGCCACAAAGCAGAAUGUCUCACAAAUCAUCGCCAACUUGCCCACUGUUCAAUCUUCCCUCCAGAGAAUCUUUGAAAAUAAGGAUCAGACGUCUUCUCAGAUUCUCGAGGCAUUGAACAAUGCGCGCGAGCAAUAUCCACAGGAAGUUCAUGUUCUUUUGCAAUUGAGUCAACCGCAAGGACCGCGUGGACCACAUGGUCCACCACCAAGACAUUUCAACAAUGGAAAGAAGGACAGACGGCAGAAUAAUAAGAAAAAUAAUAACAAGAAGAACAAAAAUCAAGAAGAUGAUGAAGAGGAUAACGAAUAA